UACAUACGUUCUGGUCUGGAGUGUCAGAUGAUGUUACGGUGCUGAUGUUAACCACUUUCGAGGCGAAAAUGUGACAGUAGAGAUCUGAUCGAUUUUCGUAUAGAAAAGAGAAAAGUCUUAAUCCUCGGAGAAUGUCCGAACUCUGACCCUGUGCGAGCAGACCAUGCAUUAGCUGUUUUCGUUGUUAUCGACUGGAAGAAACAAAAACACGAUGGACGGAACUUAUCUUCUUUUGGUAAUCUUCAUUCUGCACUGCGUCCUCUUUUUCCUGGACCUCAUUUUUAAGAGUUGUUGCCACCUGCCGUACAUCUACUUCAUGCAGGGCACUGGCCUCGAAGUGAGUUUCCUCCGGCUGCAGUGGCACACGACCGCGCUGAACCGCGUCUUCCAGCAAAUGUCCAACUGGCGGCCGCAGAUGCUGGCCGUCUGGUUCAGCGUUGGUGUGAUAGUGUCGCUGCUGCUGAUGCCCGUGGCCGCCUUCCUCGUGCUCAGGGGCCUCUUCGGCCAGGGACCACACAAGGAGGGCUCGCCAGACCAACCUUCAGGACUCGUCCUGGAACCUGUAGUGCCUGGAGUCAACCUGCCUUUGAGUCAGGUGGGCAAUUACAUGGCCGCUCUGGCGAUUGGUGGAGUUCUGCAUGAGUUUGGUCAUGCCCUGGCUGCUGGAAGGGAAGGGGUAUCAGUGCUUGGGUGCAGAGCACACCUGAUUCUAGUGGUGCCAGUGGCGGCUGUUGAGAUCAGCACGCAGCGACUAAACUCGCUGGCCACGUGGCGUCGGCUGCGUAUCCUGUGUGCUGGCGUGUGGCACAACGUGGUCCUCUCCCUGUUGGCGCUACUCAUCCUCUACGCCCUGUCCCAUUCGCACCUUUACAGACUUGACGAGGGCGUUGCAGUGACCAAAGUCGACCCGAAUUCAGGCGUGGCUGGACCAGCUGGUUUGAGCUACGGUGAUCACAUAACAGGGGUCAACUAUUGCACUGUCCACGACAAGAGCAGCUUUCGCAGCUGUCUGCACCGAAUUGCAAAGCAGCCGCAGAUAGACUUUUGUGUUCCUUCUUCGAUUCUCAAAGAGAAGCGUGACAUUGACAAGUCCUGCUGCUCGCCUGAUCUCAGCAACCACCUCUGCUUUUUAUCAGAAAAUGACAGCAGGUGGUGCUUACGCGCACGUGACGUCGUUGAAGCGUCCAAGCAGAAGACGUCUGACUCGCUCUGUCAGGCCGGCCUGGUGUCGGUGCGGCCACAGAUUGGUGAGGCGGCCGUCAACGGCACGCGUCUCGUCGUUAUCCAGCGGUCCAACUCGCAACGGCCACCAGUCUUGUUCCUCGGCACGCCUGCCGAGCUCUACCAGACUGUCGAGAUCUCGAACUGGGUGCCAUCGGUGCCCUACCUUUCUCCUCACUGCCCAGAAAUGCUAUACAACUGUUUCAGUUACCUGGCGGCACUUUCGGCCGGCCUCGCCUUGCUGAACCUGUUACCGUGCUACGGCUUUGAUGGCCAGCACAUUUUCCAAGCACUGUCCGAGGCAGCCCUGGCGUGGUGCGGUGUGCGCUCGGCCAGCGUCGCGUCGACGGUCUCAGCCGGCUUUACCGCAGUCGGCACCAGCUGCCUACUCGCCUGGCUCUUCUCAGCCUUCUGGAAAAUCAUCCCCGCCUAAACCAAAAAUGUUUUCGCCGUAUAUUGCGAAAGUAAAAUUGUGCCAGAAAAAAGA